GCCCUCACAUUUUGCGUGUGGGUUUUGUAUAAUUGUGUUAAUGACUGUGUCUGUAUAGCUGUAGCCCAAGCUCGAGCUUCUCGCGACUUUCGAUCAGUUUCAGUUUUAGAUGCAAUCGGCUCACGUCAACACAGCUCGCUAAAAAUGAAGACCGCAGUUAUUUGUUUGGUUAUUCUCGUGGCUGGAAUCGGCGCUCAGGAUACAAAGCCACAAGUUCCAAUUGACAUUCCGCCGCCUGAAGAAAUUACAACAACCACCACAACCGAGAAACCAACAAUGCCAACCACAGAAUCCAGCACGACUACAACAACAGAGUCCACCACAACUACAACAACAGAGUCCACCACAACUUCAACAACUGAACCGACCACAACUUCCACUACAACUACAACAACAGAACCCACAACAACUUCCACAACAGAGUUAAUUACAACAACAGAGCCCACUACAACCUCUACAACAGAGUCCACUACAGCCUCUACAACAACACAGCCGACUACAACUUCUACAACAGGGUCCCCUACAACUACAACAACGGAACCCACAACUUUCACCACAGAUCCGACAACAACUUCCACCACAUCUACAACAACAGAAACCACUAUAGAGCCCACAACAACUUCAACAACGGAGUCCACUACAACAACAGAAUCCACAACAAGACCUCCACUCGUGCGACCCACGAGUUCAUUGCGUCCCACUUAUACCGUCGUGCCGCCUUGGAGCCGGAGACAGCAGGGAGAAAAUUGUUAUCUGAAAGAUCAGCAGGAGUAUACUAUGACUUGUUACGGAAGAGGCUGGCGGCGGAUGACAAACUGUUAUCACUGCUGCUACUAUGACACCGCAAUCGCCGGAUGCAAUAAACUUCACAAGGGGGCGUGUUCAUGGUAUGAUUAUAAUCAAUGGAUAAUACCGAUGAUGGGCCAACAACAACAACAGAGGCCAACACAACUUCAACAACUGAACCCACUGCAACUUCAACAACAGAACCCACCACAUCUUCAACAACAGAGGCCAACACAGCUUCAACAACCAAACCCACCACAUCUUCAACAACAGAAAGGCAACCCAUAUUUCCGACCUAUUAACACCCCCAUGUGGAACCCAUAUACCCCACCAAGAAGUCUACGGUGUUGCAACCAUUAGAAAGAUGUUUUUGUAAGUAAGAUGAAAAAAGAAGGAAAGAUGAGUACGGAAAAAGGGACUUAAAAUGAAUCACAUUUCAUCUGCUUGCUUUAUUUAAUGUGCAGGCUGGCCAUAUUCACAGACGACCAACUGUUAUCGCUGUUUUAAUUACUACAACAUUCAUUUCACCAAGUACCGAUAGCUUCGCCAGGAGCUUUUUAUGAUUAUUGAAAAUUAUAUACAAUAAAAGCGAAAUAAAACUGUAACCGAAAUACCAACUGUAUAUUACACUUUAUGGAAAGUUUUAAAGUUUA